AACUAGUAUAUGUAGACACACACAGCACACAGGAAAGCACACCAUCUUCUGUCUCCAUAAACAAGCUACCUGCAGCGAUGUGCUCCACUGCAGUGCUGCUAGUUCGCACAUGCGUUGUGCUUGUGUGUUUGGCCGCCUUGGCGCGAGCGCCGGCCAAGGUCCAUGCUGCCUCCGGCACCGGGGAUGGGCUCCUUGCUAUCCCUACCAACGCCUCCCUGUCGCACUGCCCCUCUUGGUGCGGGGAUGUCCAAAUCUCGUACCCGUUCGGGAUAGGGCCGGGCUGCUUCCGUCAAGGCUUCGAGCUCACCUGCGAUCAAACAGCUCCUUCUCCCAGGCUCUUCUUCGUGUCGCGGAACAGCUCGAUCCAGGUGACUUCUCUAUAUGUCGGCAGCAGUGUGGUUUUGGCUUCAGCUGUUGGGUUCAACGUCACCAUGAGCGCAGGCGUGGACACCUACACCAAGUCUUGGGAGGCCCCUACUGCCACUGGUGUCAGUUUUUAUGCAGAUCAUAAUUUUCUGUACACUGUUGGAUGUGGUGUCUACGUCUACGUGUUCGGUGAUAAUAUGACAGAUAUCAUUGGUUAUUGCACGAGUAUUUGCACAGAUAACAGAGAGAUCAUGGAGAGCGUUGGUGCCUGUGAAGGGUUAGGCUGCUGCAGCAUUCUAAUGCGUGGCGGCCAAGGCUUCACUCUCAAACUAGGUCGCCUCAAUAGUACCAUUCCACAGUUCGGUGAAGCGCUCUCCAGUGUCAAGAUUAUCUUUUCGGAAUACUAUGAAUUCGUUACUGAUGAUGUUUAUGCAAGUUGGGUGAAUACAAGCAAUGUUCAUGGCAUAGUACUUGACAUUGCAAUCACGGACCAACCAAGCUGCGCGAGUGCCCGGUCCCAAGAGAACAAGGAUACCUACGCAUGCACUAGUGAAAGCAUCUGCGACGACGUUCAAGGAGGCUACAGUUGCGUCUGCCCUGGUCAAAUAGAGGGCAACCCCUAUAUUAAAGAUGGCUGCAUAGCAUAUUACAACCCAGAGGCACCGAGUAUUAGGAACUGUACGAGAUUAUGUGGAAACAUAAGCGUUCCAUUUCCUUUUGGGAUCGAAGAAGGCUGUUACGCAAAUGAUAACCUACGACUCAACUGCACAAUUAACGACACUACUCUUAUUCUUGAUCGAGGGUACGCACAGUAUUGUGUGACCAAUUUGUCACUUGAUGAUGGGCUUUUGAUGGUUACAAACAUGCUGAAUGCCACAAGCUUCAACAAUAUGGAGAGGGUAGUCAUCACUAACUAUGACGGUUACUACCAGAACGGCUUCUAUUCAACCGAUGAGGACGUUGUGGAUGGUAAUUAUGAUUUCUCUCAGGAGGAUACAACAAUAAAAUGGUUUAUAGCAAACAUAACUUGUCAGAAAGCAAUGCAAAAUAAUGCUACAUAUGCGUGCGUAAGUGACAACAGUAUAUGCAAAGAUGUCAUGCGAGGGAAUAUACGUGACGGGUACCGCUGCAAGUGUUCCGAUGGCUUCCAAGGAAACCCAUACCUUCAAAAUAAUUGUACAGAUAUUAAUGAGUGCUUUAUUCCAAAUAAAUGCAAUGGAAUAUGCCACAAUUUUGAUGGAGGCUUCAAUUGUACAAGUUGCCCUCAUGGGAAAGAGUAUGAUCCAAAAAAUCAAAAAUGUGUCAUGUCAGCUAAGCAGCGUAUUCUAAUUUUUGGGAUUGUAAUUGGGCUUGUUUGUGGUCUUGGAUCCAUAAGUUUUGCACUUGGUGCAAUUGUACUCACCGGUAAGUGGAAAAAAGGUAUCCAAAGGAGAAUUCGAAGAGAGUACUUCAAGAAAAAUCAAGGUCUACUCUUGGAGCAACUAAUAUCGAAUGAAAAUGCUACAAACAAAACAAAGAUAUUCACUUUGGAUGAAUUAGAGGAAGCAACCAACAAGUUUGAUGCUACUCGUGUUCUAGGUCAUGGUGGGCAUGGCACUGUUUACAAAGGGAUUUUGGCUGAUCAGCGUGUCGUGGCUAUAAAAAAAUCUAAAAUAGUGGAGCAAAUAGAGAUAGAUCAGUUCAUCAAUGAGGUUGCUAUUUUAUCUCAAAUCAUUCACCGCAAUGUGGUGAAGCUUUUUGGUUGUUGCCUAGAAGAUGAGGUACCCUUGCUAGUCUAUGAGUUCAUAUCAAAUGGCACUUUGUAUGACAUUCUUCAUGAAAAUAUUGCAACAAAAUGCUUGUUCUCAUGGGAUGAUCGAAUUAGGAUUGCAACGGAAGCAUCAGGAGCACUUGCUUAUCUACACUCAGCUGCUGCAAUACCAAUUUUCCAUAGAGAUGUGAAGUCUUCUAAUAUACUCUUGGACGACAACUUCACUGUAAAGGUUUCAGAUUUUGGUGCUUCAAGAUCUCUAUCCCUUGAUGAAACACAUGUGGUGACAAUUGUCCAAGGAACAUUUGGUUAUUUAGAUCCAGAGUACUAUUAUACUGGUUCUCUAACUGAGAAGAGUGAUGUGUAUAGUUUUGGAGUGAUACUUGUGGAACUUUUGACAAGAAAGAAACCAAUUUUUAUCAAUGAAUCGAGUGCCAAACAAAACUUAUCUCAUUACUUCAUUGAAGGACUACAGGAAGGGGCUCUCAUGGAAAUAAUAGAUUCUCAAGUUGUGGAAGAGGCAGACCAAGAAGAGAUUAAUGAUAUCUCCUCACUUAUAGAAACGUGCUUAAGAUCCAAAGGAGGGCAUAGACCAAGCAUGAAAGAAGUAGAUAUGAGAUUGCAAUGUCUAAGAACAAAGAGGCUACGGAAUAAAACACAUCUUUUGAUUGAAAAGGGUGGAGAAAUGGAACCUUUGUUAUGCGUAGAAGCUCAGCACCCACAUGAACGUAUCAAUCCAAUUUAUAAUGAGGAACAUUUAACAAUUCCAAUGAUGUCUGGGUGCUACAGUUUGGAGCAAGAACUUGCGGCAGCAUCCAGUAUGGUUCGCUAACUUGGUAUUUGCUUGGAUGUUGGACACAUCUAUAGUAACCAUCUAUUUUCAGAGAGGAACUAUAUGGUAUAUUUUGUUCCCUUCGCAUAAGACUAUGGUAUAUAUGGUGCGUAUAUGUAUAUAAUAUAUAUGACAUUGCUAUGUUUACAUAUAAUGUAAUUUCCGUAUUUCAAACUGUAAUGUGUUUUAGUUUGUUUUGAUUACAAAUUUGGUACUCUAAUUGUAAUAGUUUCUAAAACCAAUCAUAAUAUAUGGUUGUAAUACACUUGAGAUUUGGAAUUUGUAUUAGUAUUGAAAUAAACUUGAGAUUUGGAGUAUGUAAUAGCAUUGAAAAGUAGAAUUUUGAUAUUUUUAUCACUUAAAAAAUCAAAAGAAAUUCUAUAUUAGGUAAAUAUGAAUAUUGCAAGCAUGGGAUUACACUGAUUCAUGCUCUUUUUUAAGAACUCGAUGCUGAUUCUUUGUUUUGGUGACAUGGAUUCAUUCGCUAUGGUCCAAGCACACAUCUGGAGUUCGUUCUGUCCUUCAAGGAAAGUUUUGGCGUAAACACAAUGGCAAAAGAGAAACUUCAUUAUUAACGACCUACAUCAUUAUUAACAUUAGUAUCAUCGUAGAACCUCA